UAUCCAUAAACUUUAAAGAUGUCUACUACCGACGGUACUACCAAGUUCAUUAUCGAUUUCUUCAUGGGUGGUGUUUCCGCCGCUGUCUCUAAGACCGCUGCUGCCCCAAUUGAAAGAGUCAAGUUGUUGAUUCAAAACCAGGAUGAAAUGAUCAAGCAGGGUCGUUUGUCUAGAAAGUACGACGGUAUUGUCGAGUGUUUCAGAAGAACCUCUGCCGAGGAAGGGUUUGGCUCUUUCUGGAGAGGUAACACCGCCAACGUUAUCCGUUACUUCCCAACCCAGGCUUUGAACUUCGCUUUCAAGGAUAAGUUCAAGGCUAUGUUCGGUUUCAAGAAGUCUGAGGGUUACUGGCCAUGGUUCGCCGGUAACUUGGCUUCCGGUGGUCUUGCUGGUGCCACUUCUUUGGCUUUCGUCUACUCUUUGGAUUUCGCCAGAACCAGAUUGGCUAACGACGCCAAGUCUAAGGACGGUGGUGCUCGUCAGUUCAACGGGUUGUUCGAUGUCUACAAGCAGACCUUGAAGUCCGAUGGUAUCGCCGGUUUGUACAGAGGUUUCGGUCCAUCUGUUAUCGGGAUCAUUGUCUACAGAGGUCUUUACUUCGGUUUGUACGAUUCCUUGAAGCCUGUUGUCUUGGUUGGUCCAUUGGAAGGUUCUUUCUUGGCCUCUUUCUUGUUGGGUUGGACUGUCACCACUGGUGCCUCUACUGCUUCUUACCCAUUGGACACCAUUAGAAGAAGAAUGAUGAUGACCUCCGGUCAAGCCGUCAAGUACGCCGGUGCUUUCGACUGUUUCAAGAAGGUUGUUGCCGCUGAAGGUGUCAAGUCCUUGUUCAAGGGUUGUGGUGCUAACAUCUUGAGAGGUGUCGCCGGUGCCGGUGUUAUCUCCAUGUACGAUCAGUUGCAGGUCCUCGUCUUCGGCCAGAAGUUCUAAGCGACUUGUCUGGGCUGAGAAUUCUUGUAUAUUGUAUAUCUGUUCUCCCUUUGAUAUAGUUAACCUCUACCAAAC